AGAGAUUGACCAUUGAUUAACCUGUAGAAGUGCACGUGCAAUACACGAAUAAAGCGGUGCGUUUUUGUUCUUUUCUAGGAGAUAAAUAAAGCGGUUUGUUUUUUCAUCGUUUUAACUAAACAGCUAAAACGUCAAAACUCUGACCAAAGGCUCACCGGAAGACAGGUGGAAACGAAACGCAGCAGAAGUAGCUCAACUUUAGCCACUAUGAUACUCCACAACGCAGUGAUCGUCACUAUGGACUCCGAGAGCCGAGUCUUUCAAAACGGCGCCGUGUUCAUCGACGAAGACAAAAUCAAAGCCAUCGGUCAAUCUCCAGAUGUUCUUCAGCUGUUCUCCCCUCUCGCUGGCGAGAUUCUCGACCUCCACGGCCAAAUCUUGCUUCCUGGAUUCAUCAACACACACGUGCACACCUCGCAGCAGCUGGGCAGAGGAAUAGCCGACGACGUGGAGUUAAUGACGUGGCUACACCAUCGGAUUUGGCCGUACGAGUCCACCAUGACCGAAGAAGACUCUUACAUCUCUACUUUACUUUGCGGAAUCGAACUUAUUCACUCUGGUGUCACGUGCUUUGCUGAAGCGGGAGGGCAGCACGUGAGCGGAAUGGCGAGAGCGGUUGAGUUGCUGGGAUUACGAGCCUGCUUAACAGAAUCAAUUAUGGACUCUGGCGAGGGUCUACCGUCGUCUUGGGGGAUGAGAACAACGGAUGACUGUAUUGAGUCCCAAAAGAUGCUUUAUGAGAAGCACCAUAAUACAGCAGAUGGUCGUAUCAGGGUAUGGCUUGGGAUUAGGCAAGUUAUGAACUCAACUGAUCGUUUACUGCUUGAAACCAGAGACGCCGCUAGAGAAUUAAAAACCGGGAUCCACAUGCAUGUUGCAGAGAUACCCUAUGAGAAUCAAGUUGUGAUGGAUACUCGCAAAGUUGAUAAUGGGACAGUUACAUUUUUGGACAAGAUAGACUUCUUGCAAGACAACUUAUUGGCAGCUCAUACAGUUUGGGUGAAUGAUACCGAGAUUGGUUUUCUUUCAAGAGCUGGGGUCAAAGUUUCUCACUGUCCUGCCUCUGCUAUGCGAAUGCUUGGAUUUGCACGUAUAAGGGAGAUGCUCAAUGCCGGCAUCUCUGUCUCCUUGGGCACAGAUGGGGCACCAUCUAAUAAUAGAAUGAGCAUUGUUGAUGAGAUGUACCUAGCUUCUCUGAUUAACAAAGGUCGGGAAGUGUAUGCAAAGGGAAUGACUGAUCCCACAGCCCUCCCUGCUGAAACAGUUCUCAAAAUGGUGACAAUUAAUGGUGCAAAAUCAGUACUCUGGGACAAUGAAAUAGGGUCGCUUGAGGUUGGGAAAAAGGCUGACAUGGUUGUUGUCAAUCCUGUCUCAUGGUGUAUGGUUCCUGUUCAUGACUGUAUUUCAAACCUUGUAUAUUGCAUGCGAACUGAGAAUGUUGUCUCUGUAAUAUGCAAUGGUCAGUGGAUUAUGAAAGAUAAGAAGAUUUUAAAUGUGGAUGAGGAGGAAGUUAUAUCAUUAGCCAAACAAGCUUCAAGCAAACUCUUGAGAAGAGCAGGCAUCAAAAUACUGAGCAGAAUGAAUGUCCUCUGAUUGUUGGAUUAGCAAGCCCUAGCAAUGUGAUGUGGAACGUAAAAGUAUACCAUGAUGAAAUGCCAUUCCCCUCAUGUUUCUUGGUUGAUCAUUCCACAAAGAGGUGAUCAUGUCUCUGUUGUCUGUAAAUGCUACUGCUUAGAUAGUGGCCUUCUCUGUUGGUGUUAGUUAAAAUUUCACUACGCAAGUAUACGUAUCGAAUAGACAGUAUAUUAGCAAGCAAAGUAUCGAUUUCACAGAGAAUUGAUUUAAAAUUUUACUAAGUACUAAAAUUAGAAUAAAUUAAUCUUA